UGACCUUGAUGCAUAUAGGUAGACGUGUCGGGAGCUCGUGAAUGCGAAUUGGUGUGAGGUAUUGGUGGCAGUUGAAGGCUUUUGUUUACUUUUAAACCUUGCGUGGAACUGAACUGACGGGGAAAAACUACUGAUACAAUAGUGGAAUUGGACAUCUGAUAACGGAGAUGGAAAACAAGACAGUUUGUCAGGGGAAUACAAGAGUGCAUAAACCUGCGAAGUUUAAUGUUAACACUAGAAGAAUGGCAGUGGCAAAAAGCGAACACGUACAAAUAAGGUUAUCAAAGCAACAGAAGAGCACAGAAGAACCUUAUCAAGAGAUGGCAAGGAUGCUCGGCAUCAACAAAUCUCCGUCAUUGAGGAAGAACAAGGAGUUUAUUUUGGACUCGUGCAUCGAAUUUAUAAAGAGAAGAAAACAGGAAAAAGCUAUGUAUGAAAAACAAGAGCAAAAAAAGAUCCGUAUGGAAGCGCUGUUGAAGAAGAUGGAUAUUGUAUUGAAGGUAUUGGAAUUAAAAUGGGAGCUUUGUGUAUUGUUGGAAGAGAUGAAAGCCAGCAGAGCAAGGGGAUAAAUGGUGCAAUUAAAUGUUUUGUUGAUAUACACACACCAUUCCUAAUCGUAAGAAAGAAUCGCUUCUAGAAAAGGUCUGAUAUCCAUGGAAUACAGAACUCGAUGAUUUGUAUUUUUGGUCCAUAUUUCGUAGUAAACAUGUUGUAAGCCUCAAUGGGAAUUUUAAAAAUAAAACUAUGUAUCGCAAACGCAUGUCAUUCUUAUUGUUGCAUUAAUUUUUAUUUACUCAGUACGCGAUUGAUUUACAUGUAUUUCAUUGUAACAUAAGCUUGAUUCUUUAUUUUCUUUUAAUUUAUUUUUCUUUUAUGUUAUUAAAGGAUUUUUGUAAUAUC